AUGUCUUUAACACAUAAUAGAGUUCUCGUCACUGGGGCCACUGGCUUCCUUGGCAAAGUGCUUCUUGAGGAACUCUUUCGUCUUGAAACAGAGCUUUCUAUUCACGAAGUCGUUCUUCUCAUCCGCCCGAGCAAAACACUCAGUGCUUCUGAGCGUUUUGCGGAAAUCGCGAAGAAGCCAUGCUUUGCCAAUCUAUAUAAAGGAUGGACUGAUUCUGUCCGGGUCGUUGAGGGUGACCUCACUCUUCCUCGCUGCGGCCUCGAAGACGCAGUCUAUGCCAGCCUGUGCGAGACGACUACCCACAUUAUACACACAGCCGCCUGCAUCAAGUUCGACACCUCUGUUAAUGAGGCUUUGUCCGCCAAUGUAGACAGCUCGCUUCACAUCCUCCGGCUUGCCAAAGACUGUCGAGACCUUCGCCAGCUUGUUAUUACCAGCACGGCAUAUGUUACACCACCUCAAGAUGGCCCCAUUUACGAGAGCCUGGUACCGCUGCCUCGGCCCGCAUGGAGCCUGCUCGAAGACCUUCGGAGCGGCGCUCUCGGCAAGUCAGAGGCGAUCGAGCUCACAGGCCACCGAAACAUAUAUAGCCUUUCCAAGUGUUUGGCAGAGCAUAUUAUAUGUGAGACGAAGGGCAGCCUUCCCCUUUCGAUCGUCCGACCCAGCAUCAUCUGUGCAGCACUCGAAUACCCGAGGCCAGGCUGGAUCGAUAGCCACGAUGCUUUUGCCGGCAUCGCGCUUGGGUUCGCGAAUGACGUCCUCAAGGUUAUAAAUGGACGUCCCGAAGCGAAGCUGGAUAUCGUACCGGUCGACAAGGUCGCGGCCUGCCUGAUUGAUGAGGCAUUCCCCAGGAAAGAGCGAGAAUAUGAGACGCCACAGCCUCGUAUCAUAUUUUCCGUUGCAACUACAACGCAGUCCCUAACUCUUGGAGAGGCGUGCCAGAUGAUGGAAGCAUUCUUCAAGAAGGGGCGUUUCCGGUAUAUCGGCCCGAUGGGCGGCUAUACCUUUGACAUACAGCAGUUCCUUCACCACUACCUUCGUCUGCAAAUCGCUGCUGCCGCCAGCCGCCUCUCGGGCAACAGGGCCAAGGAGGCUGCUGCUAUGAAAGCAAUAAAGGUGCUCAAAGGCAUGAAUAACGUCUUUGGACCGUACGCCAGUAAUACUCAUGACUUUCGGCCUCACCAGCCAAAGGUUAGGUUUGAUGCCAAGAACUACCUGCAGCUCGUCUGCGAAGGAGUUUCUCAGAAUCUUUUGCACGCGAAGCUUUGA